GUUUAGUUUAGACAUUCUAUUAGAGCUAUCCGACGUCCGAUCUGAACUGUGAAGACGGCGAAGACCUGUCUGCAGAAAAAAGAAAAAAGAAACUGAAAAGAAAUUCCCGGUCGAAUUCAAGCCUAAACACAGAGAGAGAGAGAGAGAGAGAGAGAGUUUCUUGGUUUCGUCUUUGACCGGGUACGCCUCUUUGGUCUAACCUUUUGAUGGACCUUCAUGUCGUAGAUGAUAAACAUAGUUCCAUGAAGGACAUCAAUGAUGAAGACUUCAGAUGAUAUUAGGACUCUUUUGUUACCGGAAUCAGAGAUGUAUUCUUAUCAAUCGGUUGAAGAGGCAUCCGCGAUGGACGGCAGUGCCUGCGGCCGACUUUCAGGGUCAGAAAUUCAUGGGUUUCAUACAAUGGAAGAUUUGGAUGUCCCAACUAUAAUGGAGGAAGCCGGGACGAGAUGGUUGCGUCCAAAUGAAAUUCAUGCCAUACUCUGUAACUACAUGUAUUUCCCUGUCAGUGUCAAGCCAGUCAACUUGCCCCAGAGUGGCACAAUUGUCUUGUUUGACCGAAAAAUGUUGAGGAACUUUCGGAAAGAUGGGCACAACUGGAAGAAGAAAAAGGAUGGGAAGACUGUUAAAGAAGCACAUGAACACUUAAAAGUUGGUGAUGAAGAAAGGAUUCAUGUGUAUUAUGCACAUGGCCAGGAUAAUCCCAAUUUUGUCCGUAGGUGUUACUGGCUUCUUGAUAAGAAACAAGAGCACAUAGUCCUUGUGCAUUACCGUGAAACAUUAGAGCCACAGGGUUCUCCAGUCACUCUUGUUAAUUCAAAUUCCAGUUCAGCCUACUCGGAUCCAUCUGUUUCUCGGGUUUCAUCAGAAGAAAACAGUUCUGGAGCUAAUCAUGCGUUCCACACAGGUUCUGGCUCUCCUGCUGUUAGUGGAUCUGCAGAGGUUGAUGAUCAUUUGACUGUACUGCAUGAGAUUAACACACUUGAGUGGGAAGAUCUGUUGGGGAAACAAGAAUCCAUUGAUCCUAAUAUGCCUAAAAAUGAUGAAAUUUUACACCUGGAGCGACAAAAGUUGUUUGAACCAAGAGGCUCCAUUCAGGAUGGUAGCUUUCUCCCAACCAAUAAUCUAUCUAUGGAACUAUCUUCUUUUGGGCAUCCAACUGAACCAAUGCCUAACAGUGAUCCAGUUGACAUCAGACCAUCAAACAGUCAUUACCUUCAGACAUUGGGACAGCUAUCAGAUAACAAGAGAAAAGACUUUGAAAGAACAGUUGAAUCCUUCAACUUUACUUCUAGAGACACUUCACAAACUCAGGAUAAUUUUGGAAGAUGGAUGAACUGCAUUAUGGCCGACUCCCCAGGAUCACUAGAUGGCCCACCAAUUGAAUCACCAAUUUCAAUUGGUCAUGAUUCAACUCUCUCUGCAACAACUAAUCACCAUCAAUCUUCCACACAGGGUCAAGUUUUUAAUAUAACUGAUGUUUCACCUGCAUGGUCUUUCUCAACAGAAGAAACAAAGGUUAUUGUGAUUGGUUUUUUCCAUGUUGAAUAUUCUCAUCUUGUAGAGUCCAAUUUAUUUUGUGUUUUUGGUGAUGCAUGUGUUCCUGUGGAAGUAGUUCAAGGUGGGGUGUUUCGCUGUAUGGCAUCACCACAUAACCCUGGCUUUGUAAAUCUCUAUUUGAGUCUUGAUGGUCAUACACCUAUUAGCCAAGUUCUGACUUUUGAGUAUCGCUCCCCUUCAAUGGAUGGUCAAGGGACUUCACCAGAAUACAAGUGUAAGUUGGAGGAGUUUCAAAUUCAAUUGCGACUUUCUAGGUUGCUUUUCUCUACAAACAACAGCCUUAACAUUCUAUCUAAUAAGGUAUCACCAAAUGCCUUGAAGGAAGCAAAAAAGUUUGCACACAUAACCUCUGCCAUUGAGAAAGAUUGGGCAUAUUUAAUUAAGUCAAUUGAGAACAGUUGGAUAUCAAUUCUACAAGCCAAAGAUACUUUGUUUGAGCUUACUUUGAAGAACAAGUUACAGGAGUGGCUCUUGGAAAAGGUAUCUGAAGGGAGUAAAACCACCCUUCGCGAUACUAAAGGUCAAGGUGUGAUCCAUUUGUGUGCUAUCCUAGGGUAUACAUGGGCUGUUUACCCAUAUUCAUGUUCGGGUCUCUCGUUAGACUUUCGGGAUGCAUUUGGAUGGACUGCACUUCAUUGGGCUGCCUACUAUGGGAGGGAGCAAAUGGUUGCAGUCCUUUUAUCUGCAGGGGCAAAGCCAAACUUGGUAACAGAUCCCACUCCACAAUUCCCUGGUGGACGCACUGCAGCUGAUCUCGCCUCCGAGAAUGGUUUUGAAGGCUUAGCUGCUUAUCUUGCAGAAAAGGGAUUAAUAAAUCAAUUUAAUGAGAUGAAAAUAUCUGGAAAUGCUAGUGGAUCCCUGCAAACUAGCAGAACCACUUCAAUCAACCAUGAAGUAUCAAAUGAGGAUGAGUUGUGCUUGAAGGAUACAUUAGCAGCAUACCGGAGAGCUGCUGAUGCAGCAGCACAUAUUCACGCUGCAUUCAGACAGCACUCGCUAAAGCUAAAGGAGAAAGCAGUUCAGCUUGCAAAUCCAGAGGAUGAAGCGCGUACUAUAAUCGCGGCAAUGAAGAUUCAGCAUGCCUUCCGAAACUAUGAUACACGAAAGAAGAUGACAGCUGCAGCACGAAUCCAGUACAGAUUUCGUACUUGGAAGAUCCGAAAAGAUUUUCUUAAUAUGCGCCGACAAGCUAUCAAAAUUCAAGCUGUUUUCCGAGGUUACCAAGUACGGAGGCAGUAUGGCAAAAUUCUUUGGUCGGUUGGAAUACUUGAAAAGGCAAUUCUUCGCUGGCGUUUGAAGAGAAAGGGCUUCCGUGGGCUUCAGGUCAAACCAAUUCAAGAAAUAUCAGCAGAUGAAAAGCAAGAAAAUGAUGCAGAGGAGGACUUCUUCCGAGUUGGCAGAAAGCAAGCUGAAAAGCGUGUUGAGAGAUCUGUUAUACGGGUCCAAGCCAUGUUCCGAUCAAAGCGAGCACAACAAGAAUAUAGGAGGAUGAAGAUGUCCUAUGAUCAAGCAGCGUUUGUCCAGCUGGAAUACCAAGGUCUUCUUGAUCCCGAAGUUGAAAACCAAAGGUGAAGGAACAAGAGUUGCUCCAGGAAUACAAAGGUCUUCUGGAAAUUGCAGUGGCACAAGCCAACAAAAAACCUGGACGAUAUAGGUUUGUGUUCUUAAUUGUAAACAUACCCAAACUAAAAGUUUGAUCAUUUUGGACUGAUUUCUGUAAUUUGAAUAGUCUGAUUUAGAAAGUAAAAUGCAGUAUAUCGGUGAUCUACAAUGACGUCAGUAAACUUCUUGAGAGCUGCUGUUUAUUUUUCAUGAAUUUUAUGUCAUCAAUUUCAGCUGUUUGAAAGUACAAUUAGAGAGAGAGAGAUGCAUGAUCUAAACACUAAACUAUAGAAGUUGGUUUAACUGCUCCAAUGGAGUCUGGAUAUCCUACACACAACGCCCUAUACUCAAGCGUACAUCAACCAGAAAGAACUUUGACCCAUCAAAACCCCUUAAUGAAUAUUUGUAACAAUGUAAAUCAAGAUUUCAAUCAAUCAGGUUAAAGAUA